AUGUCUACACAUACACGAGAUUAUGAAAAUAAAUCACAACGAAUUGCUUCUUUAACAACUACCAAUAACAAUGAUAUGUACGCUGUGUUGCGAGAUGAAAAAAAUAAUAUUCUUCAUAUUGUACCACGUACUGAGAUUAUUUCAGCGAAGAAGUCUGGGAAGGUAGAUGUUGGAGAUACUGCUUCACAUGGUGUACGUGAUAAACGUAUCCGAGGCACAAUAGUGUUGCUCGGUAGUCAAGAUCAAUGUUUACAGUCUGUUCAAAUUAUUGAACGAACAAAAAAAAGCUCAACACAGAUAAAUAAUAACAAGUCAACACUUGAUAUUGUUGAUUAUUAUGAAGAACAAGUCGAGAUUGAAGAUCAGCAGAUAGAAGAAAGUAGUUUUGAAGAACCAGAGACUGAUGAAGAUGAAGAAGCUACAGAAUUAAAGAAGAAAAAAAGUGAAUUUUUAUCUAAUGAGAAAAAAAGAAAGGAGAAAAAAUCUGUCACGAACAGUGUUUCUCCUUUGUCGGUCUUAAAAAAUAUCUCACAAAAUGAAUCAUCAUGUUUAAAUACAGAAUCAUCAAUUGUUGUUAAACGAAAAUCGCCACCAAGUGAUCCAUCUUCACCAGUUGAUAAAUCAACGAUUCAAUAUUUUAUUCAUGUUGGGAAGGUUCUAGCUAAUGAUCUCGGCAUUUCUAUGAAUGAUUCAAAUGAAAUGGUUAACAAAGAAGAAAUAUUGGAUGUCAUUUGUGCAGCCCUUGAAAUGUCAGAGGCUGAAUUAGCUGCUCGUAUUGGACAAGGUCUUCUAUCGACUGCUCGUCAAGUUAUUUCUGCAAAGUAUCCUGAUGAAAUGACAACUUUUGCGGAGGUCAAGAAAGAACACAUUCAAGCCGUUGCAGAUUAUGCUUGGCUAAUGCAUCCCGCUGAGAAGAAGUUUAAUAACCUGUCAAAGAUUCGUAAAGCUAUGGGAAAUGUAUUCGCCACUAGACGAUUUUCAAGAAAGCUCAAGAGUGGUGGUGCGAUGGUGAAAGAUCCAACUACAAUUGAUGGUUAA